GUGAGUCCGAAGAAAAACAUCAACUUGGAGCACCCCAAAAAUAAAACAAAGCAGGAGUCGAGGGAAGAAUUUCUGAAAUAAACCCGUCCGAAAUGCGAUGUUCUGAGGUUGUGUUUGAGAGAAAACAUGGCUCGGUUGUUGUCCAUUACGCGCUCCAUCAGCUGGCGCGGCUGAGACCUCUCCUCCUCUCCUCUGUGGAUUGUGGAUUGUGACAGGUAUCUAAACAAGGACCGGGACUGGAACAGCUAUACCGGGGAUUUGUCCUUCAGGUUUCCCAGAUUUUUUUGCCUCCAGGGCAGCAACCCCCCCUCCAAGAGCCAAGACGUUGCUCCGCGUGGAGCCGGCUCGCCCUAGUCCGAGCAGCGCGGUCGGUGCGGAGAGGUGGGCGCUCGGCGUCCUACAGGCCGGAAACAUGAUGGUCCUUUGCGCCGGCUGCGACCGGCCCAUCCUGGACAGGUUUCUCCUCAACGUGUUGGACCGAGCCUGGCACGCCAAGUGCGUCCAGUGCUGUGACUGCAACUGCAACCUCACCGAGAAGUGCUUCUCCCGGGACGGAAAACUCUACUGCAAAAUUGACUUUUUCAGACGGUUUGGCACAAAAUGCGCGGGCUGUCUGCAGGGCAUCUCUCCGAACGACCUGGUCCGCAAAGCCCGCAGCAAAGUGUUUCACCUGAACUGCUUCACUUGCAUGGUGUGUAACAAGCAGCUGUCCACGGGAGAGGAGCUGUACGUGAUAGACGAGAACAAGUUCGUGUGCAAAGAAGAUUAUUUGAGCUCCGGGGCCAUCAAGGAGGUCAACCUGAACUCAGUGUCGUCGUGUACAGACAGGAGUUUAUCUCCGGAUCUGCAGGACCCGAUCCAGGACGACAUAAAGGAGACGGACAAUUCAGCGUCCUCUGAUAAGGAAACGAACAAUAUUGAGAACGAGGAGCAGAACUCGGGGACAAAAAGGCGGGGGCCCCGGACCACCAUCAAGGCCAAGCAGCUGGAAACGUUAAAGGCGGCGUUUGUAGCCACGCCGAAGCCCACGCGGCACAUCCGCGAGCAGCUGGCGCAGGAAACCGGACUGAAUAUGCGCGUCAUCCAGGUUUGGUUCCAGAACAGAAGAUCCAAAGAGCGGCGGAUGAAGCAGCUGAGCGCUCUGGGGGCCCGCCGCCACGCCUUCUUCAGGGGCCCGAGGAGGAUGAGGCCUCUGGGAGGCCGGCUGGAGGAUCCGGACAUUUUAGGGCCCGGGGCUUACGGAUACUACGGAGAAUACCAAGGUGACUACUACGGACCAGGGAUCAACUACGACUUCUUCCCUCAUGGUCCCCCGUCCUCGCAGGCUCAGUCUCCGGCAGAGUCCCCCUACAUUCUGGGCUCCGGACCCGGAGCCAUGGAGGGAUCGGGCCACCACCCGUCAGACGACCAAAGGUUCACGGACAUGAUCUCUCACGCGGAGACCCCGAGUCCCGAUCCGGGCUUACCGAGCUCUCUGCAGCCCGUCCCCGGGGAGGCGUACGGGGGCGGACCCAGUCCCCCUUUCUCCUUGGCCAGUAACUCCAGCUACAGCGCUCCCAUGUCCCACCAGGGCCAGGAGAUGGGAGAAACUACCACCUGGUAAAAGGAGCCAAGCACAGAGACGUUUCCUGGGCUGAAUGCCAGCCCAGUCAAUUCAGGAGAUGAAUGCACACAAACAAAAAUAAAUAAAUGGAAAAAAAAAGAAAGACAGAGAAAAAGAAAGAAACAUUGUGAAAAAGGGAAAAGUAAAACUGAAAUUUCUACAGAUAACUUUUUAAAAUCAUGGACUGGUUUCACAGUUGAAGGAAACAGAUUCAUGGGAUUGUUUGGGAGGUGAUGUAACAUUGCUGCCCAGUAGACACUCAAAAGCAUAUCCCUACCUGGGUCACUGGACUUGAAAUAUAAAUAAAAAUGGUUCUUGCCUUCUCCUUGAUCUCAACAGAGGUGUCUUCUAAUGUCCUAUUCGCACCAAACCCCAAAGGGGACCUGUCUAGUUUUCUUAAUCUCUCAUCCCAAUUUUUCCUUCAGGUUUCAAUCCGUUGUUUAAUAUUGCUGAGCUGCCCCCCCCCAACAAAGGUUCUGCACACACACACUGAUGUUCCAACACGUCCGCUGAGGUCCACGCCGUAAGCGAGAUGGAAGGCUGCCGUCUUUCCCAGCAGACACUUCUCAGCUCUCAGUCCUUAAUGCACAAAAAGUGUUCUUGAUCAUAGCUUGAAAGAAGGAUGUCUAUACCAUUAUUCAAAACACGAACACAAUUAUACACACACACGCCUCACACCCAUCCAGGCGGCCCUGAUAGUUCUGCUCCGCUCGCUGCUCCACCUGACCUUCCUUUUGUUACUGUCCCUUUUAAAAAAAACAUGUUUUAAUGGAAAUGAUUUUCAAAAGAACAUUGAACCCAUAAUGGAGAAUGUCCUUCAACAGCUGAGGUCUCCUUCCUCCAAAGGCAGAAAACAAAAGAGGGGGCAGACAACAUCUGUGACACUACCACCGCCUGCUCCGAGGCACUCGUCGCCAUCUAGUGGCCGUGUUCAGGAAAACAGAGACUUCAAACAGCUGAGAGCUACAGUCCAGCCUGUGUGCACAUGAGCCUAUUUUUAUUUUAUUUUAUCAUUUUAUUGCAUUUUUGUUUAACUGCUUCUUCAGUUCCAGCUCAAACCCUUUGAAUUUAACACCGUUUCUCUUUUUGUAUCAUCGUGUCAUAUUCAAAACAUAUCAAACACCUGGGGACCCUUUCCACAACUUGAAGUGUUGUUUUGAAAUAUUUUGCAUUUCCUUUGGACGUUGCAUAAGAACUAGAAAGAAUGUAUGUUACCUCUAAUGUACCCGGAUAUUCUUGGAUACAGACAUGUGAGAGCAUGCAGAUGUGUCGAUGCGUGCGUGUGAAUGCUUGCCGAGGUGUGUGUGUGGGUGUGUGUGUGUGUG